CUUCUGUGUGAGUUUCGACCAAGCUGCAGCUACAGUCUACACUGCGGUGAGGACCGAACUCCGACCGAACUAAUGGGCCUGAACUGUGGCUGGUGACUGUGUCCAAGGCCCACGGCUUUUCCGAUGUUCUGCUGAUAAAGGGCUGUCAGAUGGAAGCCAGGGAAUACAAUCCACAGUCCAGUACAAGCUGUGGACACACUUUAGGGGCCCAGGUACUACAGAAAAAUGUGAGCAUAGCCCCCCCCUCCAGGCUUCUUGCAGAGUGUCACUACAAAGUGAGACGGCCUUUGUUCACUACUCAACAACACAUAUCCAUUUUGAAGACAACAACUGGAGCAGACAGCAAAGAGCAGAGUAAUACAGACCCCAGCCCAGCUGGGAUGAGGCCCCUCCACAGCCCCCAGACCAGGCGCAGAGAGGACCAGCCUCUUCUCCACAAGGAGCUUUUUCCAUCAGGCAGUAGAAGCAGGAUGUCUCCUCUGACCAGUAACAGACCUUCACAUCUCAGACCCCAUAACUCUGUCCUUCAGGUCCACAGAAUGAGCACCCCUGUUAGGCCACCACUUAGCUCCCCAGUGCUGCACCCCAGGUACACCCCCCUCUCAAGUCACAGGAGGGCACAAACAGAACAGACGACUAGCACCCCAUAUCAGGCUGAAUACUGGGCCUGUGCCAUUCCCAAAGACCCCCCGCCUACACCGUUAGGUAGAGAUCCCCACCAGGAUUAUGAGGGUCUGCUGGACUACACCUACCCACUAAGGUCUGCUCAGGUGGGAGACUGGACCCUCCAGGACUCAGGGAUUGAAGUGGACCACCUCUCCACUAGCCUAUCUGAGCUCAACCUGUCCUUUGGUGGCAUGGAGUCAAAAGACCCCGUCUCUAUAGGUCCAAGCUCACCAGACUUGUUAGGCAGCCUGUUUCCGGCAACACCUUCCUCCCCAGCAGAUCGGCCGGAGUGGAGUAAGCAGAAAAACACAAUGGUGUCCUCCAUCUCCUCUGCACUCAUAACUCUGCCCUGGGAAAAAGGCCUUCAGGAGGAGGAGGAGUUCAGACCCCUCCCAGAGAAGAUAGAACUGCUCCAGCAGCUGUCACGGCAGGUGAUUGAGGCAGCAGCCAUUCUACACCCUGCGCACUGGGACUCUGCCCAGACCCACUGUCCCCCUAUAGCUCAGGAUUCUCGGGACACCGCACAAGCACAUCUUAGAACAGAAGACUUACAUCAUCUCUGGACUGAAGACUUGGUGGACUCCCUGAGAGGACCAGAGCAACACAGCUCUCUCAUGGAGCACAUCAGUGUGUUUUGCAGACACCUGGAGCAGCUUGUCCGCUGGCUCUACACUGCCUCACAGAAAAUAGAGCGGCUGGCCCCGCCCACAGUGGACAUCCACAGUGUCAAGUCCUCCCUGGCUCAGUACAAGAAUUUUCAGCAAGAUGUGAACAGCCACAUGCCCUUGACCUCCAGUGUUCUACAAACAGGUCGCCUCCUGCUCAGUUGCAUCCACAGCACCUCUCCAGUGCUCAGAGAAACUCUGCUCCUGAUUGAGAGCCAGUCCAGACUUCUGGAGAGACAUACAGAAAACUUCUUCUCUUCCAUCCUCUCUGCCAUGGACAGCCUGACCCAGCCACACACAGACGAGGCACAGACAGGAUCAGAGAAAGGAGAAGAGCCCAAAGAACUGAGCCCUGUGGGCGAGCAUUAAGAAGCUCUUUUGCUGAAUGUUGAACCGAGUGAGACACACAGGAGUGAUAUUUUCACAUUGACUGAGUGAAACCGGUUUCACAGACGAGCUUUUAUGGAAUUCAGUCACUGUAGACCAGCACGCAAAAAAACAAAAAAAUGUGAACAUUAUUUAUUUUGAAAGUGCCUUUCACAAAAAAAUAAACACUUUGCCAAAUCA